CUUCAUAAAAUGCCUUGCAAGAUUUCUGUGUUGCAUUCGGGAUCGCGGCGCUUUCGUCCAGUGGUCCGUAUUGGCAAUUGGUUUGAGGAUCAUUGUCUCGAACAGGAGAAAAUCAAGCAUUUUAAAAAAAUGAGAGAUAAGGGAGAACUUCUUGUGGAGAAGGCUCGCACUCUCUUUGACAAUUUUCAUAAAGAAAUUGUGCUGGCUGCUCCCAAGGAGACUGUCAUAUUUGGCGCAGUGGUCCAGUUGAUGCCAAUUCAUUUGGAUAUAGAAAAUAUGGAUACAUCCGAUUUGAAACCAGCUCUGUCCGUGCUAAUCAAUGAGCGUGUAGUACGUUCUAGUCAAUCCAUAAACGAUGAUUGUGAACUCUCUGUAGCUCCAUCGGGACGUCCUUGUGUGCGUAAUUCCUUUCGCAUUAUUAGCGGAGAUGACACAGAUCGCACCGGAGAGCAUAUCAAGUUCGGUCAACGUUUUCGUCUCGAGUGCCUAGAAACGGAAAAUGAUCCCAUUUGGCUUUACAGUGCGCCCAAGCAGUGUAAUCUUUUUCAAAGUAUUAGUACCACCUUCAAUUCGCAUAAACAUGGAGAACUGAAUCUUCCAUUGGGUCUGGUUCAUCGUAGUAAAUGUGGGUGUCCUGGUGAUGUACCUAAGGCCUAUACUAAUUGGUUUUGCAUCAAUAGAGACCCACUGAAGCGUUUCGAAACGGAUGGCAUGCCUUUGCCGAGUAAUGCCCCUUUGGUCAUUGUACAUGCGGCCACAAACAAAAACCUGGCUGCCGAGAAUGUUGCCAUUCAAACAUUAUUCGGUCCCGAAUUUCUUGUCUCUGUGCAGAAUUAUCGCAAUGUUUUUAAACGUGAAAUAUGGAAGAAUGUGUGGAUGAUUAGCAAUGGCCAUCCAACAAAUGCAAAUUCCAAAUCAUGAUAAUUUUUCUUUUGGUUUUUCGAAUUCAAAUUUAUUUCAAGUACAAAUUGGCGUGGCAAUUAAAAAGUUAUAUCAACUUGA